GUCAAGCUGGGAACUUCCAGACUUGAGAGAAGGACGUGUAAAAGCCAUCAGUGACUCUGAUGGAGUGAGCUAUCCCUGGUAUGGGAACACCACAGAAACUGUUACCCUGAUUGGCCCUACCAAUAAAGUUUCCAGGUUUUCAGUCAGUAUGAAUGACAAUUUUUAUCCUAGUGUGACAUGGGCUGUCCCUGUGAGCGAUAGCAAUGUGCCACUAUUGACUAGGAUCAAACGGGACCAAAGUUUUACUACAUGGUUAGUGGCCAUGAAUAUGACUACUAAGGAAAAAAUAAUUUUGCAGACUAUAAAAUGGAGGAUGAGAGUAGACAUUGAAGUUGAUCCCAUGCAGCUCUUGGGCAAGCGAGCCCGCCUCGUGGGGAAAGCUCAACAGGAACAGCCUAAGAUUUUGAGCCGAAUGGAACCCAUCCCACCAAAUGCACUAGUGAAACCCAAUGCCAAUGAUGCCCAGGUCCUCAUGUGGAGGCCUAAGAGAGGUCUGCCUUUGGUAGUGAUACCACCAAAAUAAAAAAUAAAAAUGCAUUUAAAUGAGAACUUUUGCCACUCUAGAAUGGAUAUCUGAGCCAAAGAAGACCUUUCAGAUUCACCUGCCUUUUGUUACUGCAAGUGUGAAGAGGGCUUCUUCAAUAUAGUGUUAGAUGGCAAUGGCCAAGUAUGUGCCAUUGCAGAAUAGUUGAAUUCCUGGACUUUGGAAGAAGAAAUGUUAUUCUACACUUUCAGGGGCAUUCUCAUGAAGAAGAAAGUUUCUAUUCUUAAUCUUGAAAUAUAAUGAAUAUGAAUAUAAUUUUCAGUGCCUGUGGCUAAUGCUGCUUCCCAACCAAUUAAAUGUGAUUAUAAAGACUGUUCUUAUGAGAUAUUUAUGGACUCCUAUUGUCUUGCUUGAUUUCUGCUGGUUUAGGACAGGAAGGGAUGGCAAAUUACCACAUUAUAGCUAUGCAUUUUAAUUGAUAAUCAAAAUGAUCAGUCUGCUCAUUGGAAUGAAGAGAAUGUUUACAAAAAGCAAAUACUGUCAGUUUAAUCUCAUCAGUAUAAAAAGAGCAGUUCUAUUCACGAGGAACUAUCCAUAGUGCUGAAUUUUGAAAAUCAGGACCUUCAUCUAAUCAACUUCUUUCUGGGGC